UUGCACAACAAAAAGCGUCAAAAAUACUAUCCAGCGUUAACAAAUGGGGCUAUCAGAGUUAUUUUAAAAGUCGACGUUACAAUUGGACGAGUUAACUACGUUGACAAUGUCGAAUGGGACAUCAGCAACUCAAGCAACGAUGCAGAAUUAUUUGCGUCAAUUACUUGUGACGAACUCGGUUUAUCUGGAGAUUUUAAAACAGCUAUUGCGCACAGUAUAAGAGAACAGGCCCAGUUGUACUUGAACAGCUACUUGGUUUUGACUGAAUUAGCUGAACAACAAGAUGAAGACGAACUUUCUUCCUUUGUUCUUCCCCAUUUGUCUCACGCAAUAAAGAAAACGACCACCUCAACUCCAGAGGUUAUGUUUUUUUCUUCAGAAGAAGCCGAAAGAAUGGAUCGAGAUUACGACCGAGAAACGCGCCGUGUACGGCGGCGUUAUGGACGCCUAAAGCGUGGUCUCAAUUUACCCGAUAUAAACGACAUCCCAAAAACUCAUAAACUCUUACUCACAUCAGGCACGAUACUAACGGAUGAAAAGAUUUAUGAUAUUUCCGAUACGCUCCCAAUUCCUGGAGAAAUAACAAAAGAUGGUGACCAAAGGUUGAUAAUUACACUUAAGGUUCCUUCAGAAAAACUACGACAACUGAUUGGCAAUACGAUUGCUGGAUCUACAAGCGUGGGUUCAACAUUUGGCACACAGGAAAUCUUAGAAAAAAGUAUGCCCGCCGCGGAUAAGCACGAAGAUGUAAUUAGUAUUACAAUAAGAGGAAAUCAACAAACUUUUGAAUUGGAGAAACCGCCUAACUGUGUUCCGAGUUGGUUGAUGCCCUGCUUGUCUCAACUGAAAAGCAGAUAUCCUAUGGACAAUUACACGUUAAUUAUAAAAACAUCGGAUAAUCCAAUUGAUCCUCUCACAAUUCGUCUGAAGUGUGAUCAUUGUGAAAAUGAAAUUGUAUCUGCCGGUCCUGCAAAUUCUUUAGGAAAUUUCGAAUUACAUUUACUUUCAAAGAAACAUAGAGAUUUAGUCGAUAAAAAAAAUUUUCUUAUGUGA